AGUUCUUAUCGAUUGUAAGUUGCCGUUUCAGUUCUUCCUCUUCCUAGCUUUCCAGACCCCGUCUCUCCCUCUCUCUCUCUCUCUCUCUGGUUUCUGCACAGAUGAUGGGGAAGAUGAUCUCCUUCAAGGAAGAGUUCACAUUCGACGAAAGAUUGGACGAGUCGCGCGACAUCAUCGCCAAAUACCCCAAUCGCGUCCCUGUAAUCGUGGAAAGAUAUUCAAGAUCGAAACUUCCUGAUAUGGAGAAAAGGAAGUUUUUGGUUCCUCGGGACAUGUCUGUUGGACAGUUCAUCCACAUCUUGAGCAGUAGGCUUCGUGUAGCUCCCGGAAAAGCUCUUUUCAUCUUUGUCAAGAACACGCUGCCGCAGACAGCCAGUUUGAUGGACUCUGUAUAUGAAUCGUUCAAGGACGAGGACGGGUUUCUGUACAUGUGUUACAGUAGUGAGAAAACCUUUGGCUCGCAAAUUAUUUAGAUGUGUCGAUAAUGGUCCUCUUGGCAACUUUCUAUUUGGAAUCAUACAUGCGUCAAUUCAAUCAAACUACAUUGUACACACCACAUGGUACAUCGUGGGAUAUUGAAUGUCUAUUCGGUGUAAUUUCCUUUUUCACUACCGUGACC